GUUCCCUCACUGAUGAUGGACAGUCAGUUUUCAGAGUUCACCCCGGACAUAACUCCCAUCAUGCUCGCUGCUCACACCAACAACUACGAGAUCAUCAAGCUCCUCGUCCAGCGGAAGGUCACCAUUCCCAGACCGCACCAGAUCCGAUGUGACUGUGUCGAAUGUGUUUCCAGCUCUGAGGUCGACAGUCUCCGGCAUUCACGGUCUCGACUCAACAUCUACAAGGCUCUGGCCUCGCCGUCCCUCAUCGCUCUGUCCAGUGAAGAUCCCAUCCUCACCGCCUUCAGACUGGGCUGGGAGCUCAAGGAGCUCAGCAAGGUGGAGAACGAGUUUCGUCAGGAGUACGAGGAGCUGUCGCAGCAGUGCAAGCGUUUCGCCAAAGACCUCCUGGAUCAGGCCCGGAGCUCCCGAGAGCUGGAGACCAUCCUGAACCACAGAGACAACGACCAGAGCGAGGAGCUGGACCCCCGACAGUGCCACGACCUCGCCAAGCUCAAACUGGCCAUCAAGUACCACCAAAAAGAG